AUGUCGACCCCAAAGUCCAAGAAGCAGCGCAAAGCUGCAAAUAUACCGGAGCCUUCGUCCACCGUGCGGCACUCAUCAAGCAAAAAGGGUCAGAUGUACGACACACUGAACCUGGGCCUUGAUGUAGCGGCCAACGCGGCUGAGGCAAUCAGUGUACUCGCUCCUCUAAAGGCUGCUUGUCGAACAACAAAAUCUAUCCUCGAAGUGCUACAGGCGAUGGACCACAACGAAGCAGAAUGGAUCGAUCUAACACAUCGUCUGGGGCAAUACCUGGACACGCUUGAGCAACAAAUCCCCCUGUUUCAGUCCUAUCCUUCACAGGCCAUCGAACAUGCGUUUAGCCAGCCACUCAACCACUAUGUCGAAUUUCUUCGAGAUAUGCUUGCUACUGUUGUUGACCUACAGACGAAACGCAGUGAAAACAAAGUCGUCGGCUUCUUCAAAGCGCUAUCUAACUUCAAGGCUGACACAGGGGAAAUUCUUAAACUUAAUCGGGACAUUGAAGAUCAGCACAGAAGAUUUAUGGAGUUACUGGGAAUUCUGACCGCGCUGCGUGUUCAGGCAAUCGAACGGGAUGCCAAAACCAACGUAGAAACAAUCCUCGCAGAUGUGGAUACCACUGCUAUACUCCAGCUACCGUCGGUAGCAUUUGUUGCAUCUUCUGUCCACAAUGCAUGCCUGCAGGGGACGCGUGAAGCUGUCCUUGAGACAAUCUGGCAGUGGGCCAACAACGAUGCCUCAGAGAAACCGAUCCUUUGGCUCUGUGACAUAGCUGGCUCUGGCAAAUCCACAGUCGCAAUGUCCGCAGUGGAGUCAUGGAGGAAGGAAGGUGUGCUCGGUGGCCAAUUCUUCUUCUCCAUAACAAGCAACGAUGCAUCAACCACCGACAAGUUCUGCUCCACAAUAGCGAGAGACCUUGUUCAGUACAUUCCUGAGCUCGCGCCGCAUAUCGCCGGGGCCGUGAAACGAAACCCUUCUUUGAUGCGAAGUCCGUUUAAUGAGCAGCUUCAGAUGCUCAUUACCAAUCCUGUCAACCAUCGACAAGGGAGGGUAAUCCUUGUCAUUGAUGCUCUGGACGAAUGUAAAUCUGGGUCACAGAGAAGAGAGCUUGUCGAUACCUUUUCUGUGGCUGUUCAAGAAACCAAGAACCUCAAGAUAUUCGUGACAAGUCGGCCAGACCCCAUUAUCGAGGAUGUGUUGGGGUCGCUCUCGAUGAAAGUGAAGUUGGAGGACCGGCUCCAUGAUGUCGAACAUCCUGAUAACCUCAGUGACAUCGCCUUAUAUGUGCAUCACUCACUAAAUGGUGUACUACCAGUGGAAAAAAUGCAGAGAUUGGUAGGAAAGGCCAAUGGGUUGUUCAUCUGGGCAAGCACUGCCUGCCGAAUGCUCAGUAGCGAAACCACGUUGGACUCCCGCGAGAACAUCUAUGAUUGCCUGAUCUCAGAAGAUCAGACUGGGGAUAUAGAUGGUGUAUAUGACCUUGUUUUCGAGCGCACAGAUCCCAAAUCCUACACAAUCAUGUGCAGCAUGCUCGCUAUGUUGCUUGCAGCAUUCGAACCACUCCACAUCAAUGAUUUGGAUGACAUCUUCAAACACGUUGGAGUCAGGUGGAAUGUAAAUGCGCUGGUUCGGAACUUGGGGAGCGUACUCAGCAUGACUGCAAGUACCAAACUGAUCCAAUUCCGUCACCCGACUUUGGUCGAAUACCUUCGACGGUGCUCCCACUCUUCAUCAGUCGAAAAACGCAAUCGAGUUUCUCUCGAUAUCGCCAAAGCACAUGGUCAAGCCGCAUCAUGGUGCCUCAAAUGCUUCAAGUCACCGACUGACGGUCUCAAGUUCAACAUAUGUCAACUCGAAUCAUCAUUCUAUCUAAACAGAGAGGUGCCAGAUCUUGAUACUAGGGUGUCAAGGUUCAUUUCAGGAAGACUUCGAUAUGCUAGCUCAUAUUGGUUGUUUCAUCUGGCGGAAACUGACGACAACCAACGACGCACGUUCAAACAAGGUCUUGAAAAUUUUAUCCAAGUCCCAUAUGUGUUAUACUGGAUGGAAGUUCUAAGUUUUAAUGGAGGAUUGUCACGAGCAAUAGCUGGCCUUCGAACUGUUACCAGCCACUCAGGAAUUGAGGAGGGAAUCAGGAGCAGGUUGAACGAGAUCCGAAGGUUUAUAGUAGCGUUUUCGGUGCCGAUCCAGGACAGUGUCCCACACAUAUACAUUUCUGCCCUCCGAUUCACACCCAAAGCGUCGAUACUACAUUAUGAAGGUAGUAUUCACUAUCCGAAUGCCAUCACUGUAGAUCAAGGCCUAGAAGAGGUACAUCCCGAGCUCCCCAGAACCUUAGAGGGUCACGAAAGCUCGAUCGUCGCCGUGACGUUCUCGCCAAAUAGUUCAAGAAUUAUCUCUGUCUCGGAAGACUGCAUGAUCCGACUAUGGGACGCCUAUACCGGUCAGCCAUUGGGGGAGCCACUCCGAGGGCAGAGUGAGCCGGUCUUGGCGGCGGCAUUUUCGCCAGACGGCUCCCGAAUUGUCUCCGGAUCGACAGGAUACGCCAUUCGCCUAUGGGAUGCGGAGAAUUUACGCCCACUCGGAGGAUGUUCGAUGGUCGAUGGACCGACAGAGCCAUUGGGAGAUUCAUUAGAGGAACAACCAGGAGAAGAACUGACUCUAACACGAGGUCACGAGCGACCGAUCAGGGCUGUUGGAUUCUCGCCAGAUGGCUCACGAAUCGUCUCUGGCUCAGAUGAUAUGACGAUUCGUCUAUGGGACGCGGAUUCUGGAAGACCUUUGGGGGAGCCACUUCUAGGUCACAGGAAACCAGUCUUGGCCGUCGCAUUCUCCCCAGAUGGUUCACGGCUAGUUUCCGGAUCGAAGGACAAGAUGAUUCAUCUGUGGGACGCACAAACGAGACAACUCUUAGGAGAGCCGCUACGAGGUCACAAGGGUUGGGUCCUGGCCGUCGGAUUCUCGCCAGACGGCUCACGACUUGUCUCUGGCUCGCGCGAUAAGACCAUUCGUCUGUGGGACGCAGAUACUGCAGAAGUGUUAGGAGAGCCAUUGAGAGGUCACGAAGGCUUUAUCUUUGCCGUCGUAUUCUCACCAGACGGCUCGAAGGUGGCCUCUGGCUCGGACGACGGGACGAUUCGUCUAUGGAAUGUAGAAACUGGACAGCCAAUAAGGGAGCCAAUGAAGGGUCACGAGAAAUCGGUGCGGGACAUAAGGUUCUCACCAGAUGGAUCAAGAAUCGUCUCUGGCUCGGAGGACAUGAUAAUUCGUUUGUGGGACGCAGAGACCGGGGAACCACUCGGAGAGUCAGUACAGGAGCACAAUGACGUGAUAACGGCCGUUGUAUUCUCGCCAGAUGGAUCGAAAAUCGUCUCUGGCUCGGAGGACAUGCUGAUUCGUGUGUGGGAUGCAGACACUGGACAUCCACUAGGAGGCCCAUUAAGAGGUCACGAAAGAUCGGUUUUGGUCGUCGGAUUCUCGCCAGAUGGGUCACGAAUUGUGUCCGGAUCGUCUGACACCACGAUUCGUCUAUGGGACACAACGACCGGGAAACAACUAGGAGAGCCACUAAAAGAUCACAGAGACUCAGUCUGGGCGGUGAGAUUCUCACCGGACGGGUCACAAAUUGUCUCUGGCUCGGGGGACAAGACGAUUCGCCUAUGGGACGUUGGCACAAAACGUCCAAUAAGAGGGCCAUUAAGAGGUCACGGAGGAUCGGUCUUGAGCGUCGGACUUUCACCAGACGGCUCACAGAUCGUUUCUGGCUCGAAAGACAAGACGAUUCGUCUGUGGGACGCGAAAACUGGAAACCCACUAAGGAAACCGCUUACAGGCCACAAAAACUGGGUCUGGGCAGUCUCAUUUUCACCAGACGGCUUACGAAUUGUCUCUGGGUCGAAGGACAACACAAUUUGUGUGUGGGACACGGAGACCGGACAGCGGCUAGGAGAGCCAAUUAAAGAUCACAAAGGCUGGGUAUUAGACGUCUCAUUCUCGCCAGAUGGCUCCCGGAUCGUCUCUGGCUCCGCCGAUAAGACCAUUCGCCUGUGGGACGCACACACUAGAGAGCCGCUAGGAGGGCCACUUCGAGGUCACAAAGACUCGGUCUGGGCCGUCACGUUUUCACCAGACGGCUCACGCAUCGUCUCUGGCUCGUCUGAUAAGACAAUACAUUUAUGGGACAUAAACGCCACUCGUGGAUUGUCGCCUCUCCCCAAUGACGAAGACUUGUCGAUUGCGACUUCCUCUGUGCCCAAGGGUGAUGUCGAGACCCAGAAGCUGGCCAAGGCAGAACCAAAGUCGUCUGUUCAGCUCGGUGGGCGUCCCUCUGGCGCAAAGCGAAAACUAGCAGUAGGUGGCCGGGAAGACGGACAUGAUGCACAGACUAGUAGGGGAAAUGACCAAGGGCCGGCGAAGAAGAAGACCAAAAAGGAGGAAAAGGUGAAGAAGAAGCCCGUCAAGGCGCUACUCUCCUUUGGUGACGAGGCGUAG